AUGAAAGCCCCACCACCCACACACACACCUCACAGGCCAUCUCUCCUCCUUUCCUCUUCUUUCAUCCACCUUUCUUUGUUUAUAUUUUCCUCUCUCUCUCUCUCUCACACACACACCUCACGGGUCAUCUCUCCUCCUUUCCUCCUCUUUCAUCCACCUUUCUUUUUCUCCAUUUUUCUUUUUGCACUCCACUUUUUCUUCUCCUCUCUUCUUUCUUCUCUUCACUCUCCUCCUCUCUUCUUUCUUCUCUUCACUCUCCUCCUCUCUUCUUUCUUCUCUUCACUCUCCUCCUCUCUUCUUUCUUCUCUUCACUCUCCUCCUCUCUUCUUUCUUCUCUUCACUCUCCUCCAAUCUUCUUUCUUCUCUUCACUCUCCUCCAAUCUUCUUUGUCUUCUCUUCACUCUCCUUCAAUCUUCUUUCUUCUCUUCUCUCUCCUCCAAUCUUCUUUCUUCUCUUCACUCUCCUCCAAUCUUCUUUCUUCUCUUCACUCUCCUCCAAUCUUCUUUCUUCUCUUCACUCUCCUACUAUCCUCUUUGUCUUCUUCCUUCACUCCCCUAUCCACUUUGUCUUUCUUCUCUCUCCUAUUUGUCCUCUCUUCACUCUCCUCCUCUUUGCCUUCCUCUCACUUCACUCUCCUCCUCUUUGCCUUCCUCUCACUUCACUCUCCUCCUCUUUGCCUUCCUCUCACUUCACUCUCCUCCUCUUUGCCUUCCUCUCACUUCACUCUCCUCCUCUUUGCCUUCCUCUCUUCAUUUCUCCACUCUUUCUUUCUUCUCUUCACACUUUUCCUCUCCUCCUUCUUCAUCUCUUUACUCUCCCCCUCUCUUUUCUUCACUCCCUCUCUCUCUUCACUCUCCUCCUCCCUCUUUACUCUUAAACCCUCCUCCCCCUUUACUAUUUAUUUUUUCAUUUUAUAUCUUUUUUUUUUUUUUUUCUAUUUUUUGUCCUGUUAACUUUUGCUUCCUCAUUCAUUUGUUCUUUCCUUCUUUCUUCAUUUACUCUCCCUUUUUAUCUUUUUACGUUUUUCUUCACUUUUUUAUUUGUUUUUUUUUUUUUCACUUUUACUCUUCAUUGUCAUUCUCUUUACUCUCUUUGUUUUUCUUCUUUCUCUUUUUUUUUUCAUUAAGCUUUUAUCAUUUUUCUUAUUUAUAG